UGCGCGACUGCGCGUUGUUGAGUCCGCGCUUCCUCGCUCGUUGGAGGUGCAGCUCCCAUCCGGCGUACCGCCGUACCCUAAACAGCGGUCUCCCCAAAACAGGCGCGCAGAGAAGUCGAAGGGAGAAAAAUGGCGAUUCUCAAUCUCGUCCGUCGGUCUAGGAUCUGCUCGUUCUCCUGCCUUUGGUUAGUCCGAACGAACCGCGUCUUCUCUAGUUACUCGCCGGCGGUGGCAUCCUCUGAGAUGCCCGCGUCGCCUCCGGCGCCCAAUGUCAUGAUCUAUGACCGCCUUGCCGAGGAGGUGAAGUCGAAGCUCCGGAAGCUCGAGAACCCCGACCCCCGCUUCCUCCAGCAUGCGAACCCCGAGCCCUUGCUCGUCGAUCACACGGGGAUUCUCUCGGCGCCAGAAACGCGAGUGACGACCCUACCGAACGGCCUGCGUGUCGCCACGGAGUCGAACGUCGCCUCGAAGACGGCGACGGUCGGGGUGUGGAUCGAUGCCGGCAGCCGAUUCGAGUCCGAACAUACCAACGGGACGGCGCAUUUCCUGGAGCACAUGAUCUUCAAGGGAACGAAAAAGAGGACGGUGAGGGCGCUGGAGGAGGAGAUCGAGAAUAUGGGUGGCCACCUAAAUGCAUAUACCUCGAGGGAGCAGACGACGUACUACGCGAAGGUAUUGGGCAAGGACGUGCCGGUAGCUCUGGACAUAUUGGCGGACAUUCUCCAGAACUCGUCUUUUAGCGAGGAACGGAUCAAUCGGGAACGAGACGUUAUCCUUCGCGAAAUGGAAGAGGUGGAAAGCCAGGCCGAAGAAGUCAUUUUUGACCAUUUGCAUGCUACUGCAUUCCAAUAUACUCCUCUUGGCAGGACGAUACUAGGCCCUGCUCAAAAUAUCAAGACAAUCACAAAGGCUGAUUUGGAGAACUAUAUCUCUACCCAUUACACAGCUCCUAGAAUGGUUAUCUCUGCAGCUGGUGCUGUAAAGCACGAGGAUGUAGUUGCACAAGCGAAGAAACUCUUUACAAAGCUAUCAAAUGAUCCUACUACAGCCUCCCAGUUGGUGCAAAAAGAACCGGCUACUUUUACUGGAUCUGAGGUUAGGAUUAUAGAUGAUGAUGUACCACUGGCACAAUUUGCUGUUGCAUUUAGUGGAGCAUCCUGGACAGAUCCAGAUUCGGUUGCACUGAUGGUCAUGCAAUCAAUGCUAGGUUCUUGGAACAAGAAUGCAGGUGGAGGGAAGCACGUGGGGUUAGUUUGUCAAGAACUUAGGUCGGAACUUGCACAAAGGAUUGGAAUCAAUGAGAUUGCGGAGAGCAUGAUGGCUUUUAACACUAACUACAAGGAUACAGGCUUGUUUGGUGUAUAUGCAAUUGCCAAGCCUGACUGUUUGGAUGAUUUGGCUUAUGCAAUCAUGUACGAGAUGAGCAAGCUUUCAUAUCGAGUUUCUGAGGCAGAUGUAACUCGUGCUCGUAACCAGUUGAAAUCUUCUCUUCUACUUCACAUUGAUGGAACUAGCCCCGUUGCUGAAGAUAUUGGUCGUCAGCUUCUCACUUAUGGCCGCAGGAUCCCCAUAGCAGAGUUAUUUGCUAGAAUAGAUGCAGUAGAUGCUAGCACUGUAAAGCGAGUGGCAAACAGGUUUAUAUUUGAUAGGGAUGUUGCCAUUGCUGCCAUGGGGCCAAUACAGGGCCUUCCUGACUACAACUGGUUCAGGCGCCGAACUUACUGGAACAGAUACUAGGUUGCUGACAAAUUUUGCUGGUAUAAAAGGGGCAUUCAGUGGCUUAUACACAUUAACCGUGGUUCCAUGGUUGGAUUUUUCCCCUUCCCAUUGGAAUUGUAACAUUCGUUUCAGUCAAAUAAACGGCAUCUAUUUAUUAGUGCUCUGUUGCCAAACCUCCCAAUGUGGAUUUGUGUCUGGCAAGAUUUCAUUGUCCAAGCAUCUUGAUUGCAAAAUCUCAGCCGGCGGAGUUUGUUGUGCUCAAAUCGCUAUUUUCAUUUCAUUUCUCUGUUUUUUGACUGUUUGUUGGAGAGACCUGGGAGUUGCUUGAUAUGAAAGAGUUGUACAAAGUGGAGUUGGACCUGCAGCCAAAAAAACCUGAAGAAAAUGUUCCUGGGUUGACAUUUUUUAUUAAAAAAAUUCAAAUAAUAAUUUUCAAAUCGUAGUUUAUCUCUA